AUGUCACGGCAAUCAUCUCCGGACCAACGAUUUCUCGAAUUCUCGGAUAAUUACGAGCAUCCUGACCAAGGAGUUGAUUAUAUUGUGGAGAAUGAAAUAUUUAGCCCAUCGUCAGAAUUUACAAAAUCCUACGAAGACCUCAGGGAAGCCUUCAAUAGCUAUCUCUCAUCAAGCUGUGCUUGCUCAGACAAUGACUGCACUUCAGAUUCUUGUCCACAUGGGAAAAAUUACCAAUUAUUCGUCCAUCCAGCUACAUCUAAGACUGAGCUUGUUCUAAACCCGUCCAGGAGCACUAAGGAAUUUCUUUGUGAGUGCUCCCAAUUCUGCAAAUGCCCAAAAUCCUGUAAAAAUCGUCGGGUUCAAUUUGGUCCUAGGGAUGAUCUCGAAAUUAAAUGUUGUGAAGGCAAGGGCAUGGGAUUGUUCACGAAAUCCUUCAUUCCUGCUGGGGCAUUUAUAUGCGAAUAUGCUGGAGAAUUGCUAACGGAGAGUGAAGCCAGGAAAAGAGAUGUGGAGCCAAACCCAAUGAAGUAUCUACUUUGCCUCAAUGAAAUCUCAGCAAGUGCGAACAAAAUUCAGACUUUUGUUGAUCCCAUCCGGAGAGGAAAUAUCGGGAGGUACCUGAAUCAUAGUUGUGAACCAAAUUGUGAGAUUUUGAGCGUCAGAGUAGACAGCAUUAUCCCGAAACUUGGUAAAUAG